AAACUUUCCAGGCGCAGUGUGCACUUCCGAGUACCGCCGGUAGGGGGAGCCGCCUCAUGCGGAGAAAGAUGCACUGGCCGCAAUGCGCAGGCGCGAAGAGGAGCGGGACGCGAGGGAAAACAUGAGCCGGAGAGGCGCUGCCAGUGAUCUCUCUCUGCUGCUAACGCUGCUCCUGUUCUCCUGCUCCUCCGAGGAAGAGAAGGAGCCGGAGUUACUCUCCGAUGUGUGUGCUACAUGCCAUGCGAAUGCCACGUGCCAGCAAAAGGAGGGCAAAAAUGUCUGUAUUUGUAAUUACGGAUUUGUGGGCAAUGGACGAACAUACUGUCAAGACAAAGAUGAAUGCCAAAUUGGGACAGAGAAGAUUUGUGGCAACCAUACUUCGUGCCACAAUACAUAUGGAAGCUUUUAUUGUGUUUGCCUUGAGGGUUUCCAGGCUUCUAGUAAAAACAAGAUAUUUAUUCCCAAUGAUGGCACAAACUGUGUAGAUAUUGAUGAGUGCGAAGUCUCGGACAUCUGUGGUCCCGGAGGGAACUGUGUGAAUACUGUGGGAAGCUAUGAGUGCUAUUGCAUGGAGGGAUACCAAGUAGAAAAUGGAUCUGAGCCAUUUCAUUCAGCUGCAUCAGAGGCUUCAUGCAAAGAGGUGGAUUGUGGAAUCCCACCUUCUUUUCCAAAGGCAUAUGCAGAGCCUCUGAAUAAAACGACUUUUGGAAACAGAGUCACUUAUAUCUGUCAGCCUGGUUAUGGCAUCGAAAGUGGAAACCAGACUUCAGUUUGCAAUGCCAGAGGACAAUGGGAAGGAGCUGAUAUUGUGUGCAAAGAAAUAAACUGUGGGAAGCCACCACAGCUUCAAAACGCAGACAUCAUCUGGGAUUUUUCCACCACUUUAGGAAGCACAAUAUACUAUCAAUGCAGGAAAGGGUUUCAGUACCUUGGCGAACGCAAUUUUUCACAAUGCACCAUAUCUCGGAAGUGGGAAAACAUCACUUUUGAAUGCAGAGCAAUAACCUGUGGACCACCGCCUGUCAUACCUGACUCAGACCUGAUAUGGAAUGGAAUGUCUCGGCUACAAAGCGUUGCAGAAUACAAAUGUCGAAAGGGUUACUACCCCAAAGGCAUAAAGAGCCAUUCGUUCUGCACCGAAAAUGGAACAUGGGAAAUUUUGGAUCUAAGAUGUGAAAAAGUCCAGGCGUUUGCUGAUGUUAACAUCAAUGGCUCUUGUUUGUCAUGGAAGAGGCAUUAUGGAAAUGGGGGAGUGAAUGAAACCUAUCAACUUACUAUGAGGACUCUGGGGAAUGGGUUAAACAAAACAACAGAUAUGUUGAUUGUCCCUCCUGCAACUGAUGAAACCGUAAAGGUGUGUUUGGAGCUGCAUCAGGAUGCAAAUUACACUGUGAAAAUCUAUGCAAAAUCCGCCAAAUGGAAUUUAACAGUCAGAAUAAUGCAACCAGUAGUUGAAAAGAAAGUUGUAUUCAGCAACAUCUCUGUAUUUAAUGACACAUGUGUUAAAUGGACCAGAGCAACAGGAAGAGCACAGUCUGAGGAAACCUAUAUAUUUCACAUACAAGGGCUGCGCUGGUAUCAGAAACAAUUCUGUCAUACGAUGACUCUUAAUUUCACCACAAAUUCUCCGACACCAGAAGUGUGCCUUCGUUUGCCUCCAGGGAGCAAUUACACUGUCAACAUCUCCACAGCAAAUCUGGAUCACAGAGUCCUAGUCUACAUGACAACCCAGAUCACUGACCCACAAUCGCCAGAAAUAGAAUUCAUGUCAGUCCAAGGUUCUCCACCACUGUUACAUCUGAGGAAAGCAGAAGAAAGAAAUGGACCCAUAAGUUCUUACCAAGCCAUAGUGAUUCCUUGGAGCCCACGGUGCAGUUUUAAUUGUUAUUCCUUGACUAGUCUAACCUACUUUGGCAAAGGCACUGACUCAGAAGGUUACGUGGCAGCCGAAUUCCCAGCCCAGGUCGUGGAUGACGAAGUGCUGAAGUUUGUCCUUGGAGACAGGCUCUACUACGGGGAAUAUUACAACGCUCCCUUGAAACAAGGGAAAAACUACUGUGUCAUACUGAGGACUGUCAGUGAGUGGAGUGGGGUGAGAACACAAUCCUGCGUGACCUGGGCCCAAAUAAAAGAUUUAUCAUCCCCACCCCAGCAUUUGACUGUUGUCAUAUUAGGGUCAAUUGCUGCAUUCUGCACCAUCUUGCUACUUCUGUUUUGUACAGCGUGUGCAGCAGUACCCACAUCUCCAGAUGAGCUGAUUGAAAAACCAUUUUCCAGUAAGAAUGGAACUUCUCUGCCAUCAUCAGAGUAUUAUAUCAUCUUCUCCAGGAAUUCAGACUCCCUUGUUGGAAAUUGGGAUAAAUCACCUUCCUUAUCUCAGCUGCCUUGACCUUCCAAGUUCUGUUGAAGGUUUUCAUGGCCAGAAUCACUGGGUUGUUGUAGGUUUUUUGGGCUGUAUGGCCUUGUUUUUAAAAUUUUAGCUUUGAAUGUGGCCCUUCCCAGUGAAAUUCUCUGUUUUUGAUUGCUUGUUUUAUAUUGUCUGCGUAGUUUAUUUUAUUUCUUUGCAUUUUAUGUAUUUUAUUUCUGGUAUUGUCAUGUGUUUUUAUUAUAAUGUAUGUAUGGGUACUGAUGGCGUGGCCUCGUUUAAGCCGCACCGAGUCCCCUUGGGGGAGAUGGAGCGGGGUAUAAAUAAAGGUUUUUUAUUAUUUAUUAUUAUUAUUGUUCUAGAAGCAUUCUUUCCUAAUGUUUAGCCUGCAUCUGUGGCAGAUUCUCAGAGGUUGUGAGGUCACCCGAAAAAUCUACAACAACCCACUUCCAAGUUCCACUUGAA